CGGUGGGUGGGAGGGGGGAAAAAAAAAGGAAGCAAAGUUUGCCGUAGAUUUGAAAUGAUUCGGCUCAGGCCGGAGCGGCGAAGCAGGGAUCCGAUCCUCCGGCUCGACUGAACGGGCAGGAGCAGCCUCCCCGUCGCCGACCGAGAGAGCGAGCGAGCGAGCCACAAACUCUGCUCAGAGUUAGACGGACUGCGUGGGGUCGGAGGCGGCUCAGGAUCCCUGAUCCCGUGGAGCUGUUAGAUUUUUACUGUGGAGACGUUGUGGGGCCAUUGGGACAAAAAAAGAUAAUAAAGAAGGAACUUUGCAAUGUUUUAUUUCAUAAAUAAAUAAAACAUUAUGGACCAGUGAAGGGUUGCUUCCAGUUCGGUCUGGUUCUUGCGAACCGGUAGUAGAAGCUCCACCCACCCACCCGGAUGUCAUCAUGGACAAUCUGCGCAUGCGCAGAAGCAUCUGUGUAUAUGUAGAAGUGCGCGCAUGCGCGCUUCUGUUGCGAACCGGUAGUAAAGUUUCAGGAGCCUUCAGCCAGAUGCUGUUGGAUGCAGUGAGGAGACUACUUUCGAAGUCAUGUGGACAAACAUGUUUGGACAGGACAUUACUUUAGAUCCUUGGAUUGAGUGCCUUUUUCAGACUUCAGAUCAGAACCCAGAUUGGAGGCUUCAUGUUGUUCCUGAUAUGUGGGAGAUGAACCAAAGAAGCUAUGUUAUGCUAGAUCAGAGUAUUUGUUGGCUAACUCAGAGGUCUCCAGUAUUGUCUGUACUAAUUUCAGCUAUUCCAGUACUGUAUUUCCUAUCAUGGGCGGCUGAUCCUUUAAACUGCUUCUUCUGACCUUACUGAUCUUUGCUAUGAGCAUUCCUUGUCAGUUUCUUACAAUGCUUUGCAUUGUUUUUACAAGAUAGGUGACCUGUGGUGAAAAUCAAGCAAGAAGGACAAUGACAAGCACAGUACCUUCCAAGAAGCCUUACCGUAAGGCUCCACCGCAACAUCGUGAGAUUCAUCAUGAGCUGCCCAUUCUGUGUGAUGAAUAUGAUGGUGUGAUUUUGGCAGAGCAGAAUCAGGAGCCCUUGACAGAUGCGGAAAGGAUAAAAAAUCUGGAUAACGAGAUUGAUGAGCCGCUUACUAAAUUUGUAGAGGACCCAAAAUUGGAAGACCUGGCUAAAAUCCUAGGUGACAGAACAAGAUUGCAGUCUAAUUUGAACAAAUUAGAAGGCUGGACUGAAAAGAAGCAAGUUGUUCUUCAAAAGGGAAAAAUGUUGUUGCAGCAUGACAAUGAGGAGCUGCGUCGACGUCUGGCCUAUGUCACGAACAAAAUGGAAGCAAUGGAGAGGGAGUUGGAGUCUGGGCAAGACUACCUGGAGAUGGAAUUGGGCCAAAAUCGAGAAGAACUAGAAAAAUUUAAAGACAAAUUCCGUAGAUUGCAAAAUAGUUACACAGCUUCACAAAGAACAAAUCAGGAUUUGGAGGAGAAGCUGCAUGCCCUGGCCUCUCUCAGUCAAAACUGGAUUUUUGCAAUUAAAAAAGCUGAAAUGGAUCGGAAAACUCUUGAUUGGGAAAUUGUGGAGCUCACUAAUAAGCUUCUGGAUGCCAAAACAACUAUCAAUAAACUGGAAGAGCUUAAUGAGCGAUACCGGCUAGACUGUAAUUUAGCAGUGCAGCUCCUGAAGUGCAACAAAUCUCAUUUUCGGAACCACAAAUUUGCCGAUCUUCCAUCCGAGCUGCAAGAUAUGGUCAACAAGCACUUGCAAAACACUCAGGAUUCUGUAGGCCCUGGCCAGGAGGAACUGCACACCUUGGCUCCCUCUGAUGCUGUGCCCACCUCAGUCAUUGCUAGAGUGUUGGAGAAGCCAGAAUCAUUGGUGCUGAACUCAGCCAAAUCCAGCAGUGGAAGUUGCUGUAUGGCUGAAGAUGUUUUUGUGCAUGUAGAUAUGAGUGGCACCCUUCCUGAAACUUGUGUGAGUUCGGGGCAAGCAGAAAGCAAGGGGAAGGAGGGAUCUAGACAGCAAAAUGGGAGCUGCAAACCACAGAACUGCUUGGAGAGCCUGCCAAAGGAGGUGCCUACUUUUGAGAAAUUAAGCCCAUAUCCCACCCCUCCCCCUCCCCACCCCAUGUAUCCAGGGCGCAAAGUCAUUGAGUUUUCUGAGGACAAGGUGCGGAUUCCAAAGAACAGUCCACUGCCCAAUUGUACUUAUGCUACCCGCCAAGCUAUCUCGUUGAGUUUAGUCCAGGGGGAGGAUGAGAACUGUGACAGGCAGCGCCCCCUUCCUAGCAGCCCAGCCUCAGGUCAACGCUCUGCCUCCAGCUGCUCCUACCAACCUUCCCCCAAGUUGAACCGGGUUCCUGGAUCAUCUCAAAGCAGCCCUUUCAGCAGCCCCCCACAGGUUCCCAGCACAUUUGCCAGUUCCGCCAGCUCCGAGGAGGAUUUACUAGCUAACUGGCAGCGGAUGUUUGUGGAUAAGGCUCCUCCUACCACAGAGCAGGUGCUAGUAAACCGUACUGCAUUUAGCCGUGACACAGCACAGGAGCUUCAGAAACGUUUCAGCCGCUCCAUGCAAGAGUUAGGUCGAGUAGCUUCCGCCUACUCAGAUGGUGAAGAAUCUGUGCAGAGCUACAGCUGGACUGUAAGCAGAGACUCAAGCGUGGACAUCGACAGCACAGAGUUUCGAAGUCACCGGAACCACUUCUCUUCUGACUACAGCACAGAUUUCUCCCAGGACGAAAGCUGCAAAUUGCUGCAAGGGUCUGGUACUGAGGCAAUGGCAGAGCCUGUCACUUCUUCACCAGAGAAGUCCAAAGAUUACAUAGACUACUCAUCUGGGAGCCCAGCUGAAGAACAGGAAUUGCUGCUCCAGGAAAGCAGGGUGAACAGCCAGGAGGGGGUUUCUGAGCAGAGCAAGGAUGGCAAGAGCAAGCCACCUCCUGGGCGCCCACAUCGCAGCCCCAAGAGAAUGGGGGUUCAUCAUUUACAUCGGAAGGACAGCUUAACCCAGGCUCAGGAGCAAGGCAACUUACUUACUUGAGAAUGGAGAAGAAUUGUCUUGGCUACCCAGGUUGAUUGUUGCAUUCUCUUCCCAGGGUUGCCCUUCAAGCCCUGAGACUCAAGGGAUUGCCAUCAUGUUAUUUUGGCCAGGAAUUCUAGGCAAUGUUUAAGUAUUUACUGUCUUUUUAAUAACACGGGAAAGGGGGAAGAGAGCUCUUCUCUAGCACCAGGAUACACUUGGAUGUAUGCUGGCAACUCUUUGUGCUGAUGUUGACUGCUCAAGCACUCCUCAGGUGUGGAUAAGAGAUAGAAUUGUGCUCUCUGUGCCUGCCUUCUUCAACCUGUUCUCCUUGUCUUGAAGGCCAAGAUCUAGAAAAUAGUUACACUGAGUCCAAUUAUAAUAAUAUAUAUGAUUGGAAAACCAGCACAAUUUUAGAUCUACACAAGCACUCUUAACUGUAUGAAUCUGGUGUUAAUUACCUUACAGACCUUCCCUCUUAAGGUAAAGAACAAUGGAGCAGUUGAAACAAAGGCACGCUUUCUAUCUUCCCUCCAUGUCUCCUUCCUCAAAACGCUUGGUGAGGGGUUCCACCUGACUUCAUUUCUUUUCUUCAAAAAUUCUGCCUUCACACUUACUGAUCAGUUCCAAUUGAUUCAAAUUAAGUCCUGAGACACCUGAAGCCUAUAUUUCUACUUUUUCGGCUUGUUGCAUGAGGUAGGAAUAUUUAGUCCCUAUUUUCUUGCCUCUAUCUCCCACCAAGCCAUCAGGUGAAGAAGAUGAGUAAAGAAGUGAGAAGCCUUCUGUGAAUGAACAUCCUCAGUUCUGUAAGCUAUUUGGUGAAUUCUGUAACAUUUUGGUUGAGUUCAUGUUUGUCUCUCCAAGCUUUCCUGUGGCUAUAUGCAUAGGUCAACAAUGCAGAUGAGGCACAGGAAUCACCUCUACUGUUUCUUUGCAUGUUGCAUAUGGGGAAUGGGGCUCCAUAUUCUGGAAGUUGGGGUUGUCUGCCAAACUAGACCUCAGACUCCCUGCCAUAGUCUCCCAACUUGAGCUAGCUCAGGGGUCUCCAACCUUGGCAACUUUAAGACUUGUGGACUUCAACUCCCAGAAUUCCUCAGCCAGCUUUGCUGGCUGAGGGAUUUUGGGAGUUGAAGUCCACAAGUCUUAAAGUUGCCAAGGUUGGAGACCUCUGAGCUAGAUUGUUUGCCAUAAUGAGCUGAGUCUGUGGUAGCUGUCUGUUUAGCUAUCACUUGGCUACUCUGGAUCAUGAUUUGGUGAUAGUAUAUUAUCUAUGUUUUCCUUUGGAUUAGUCUUCCUCACUCUUAUUCUUUAGAUGUGUAGGGGCUAAAAUUCCCAGCAAGUGUGACUGUAUAGGGCUGUGUGGUUUCAACACUUCUGGGGUGGGGUCAGGGGGAUGCCAAAUUGAGGAAUGCUGCUUCAAGUCUUCAACUGUUAAUAUAUACUUAAUUCUCCAUUUUUGAGUGAACAGAAAAGUGUUGUGGGAUGGGGUGGUACAUACUGUAGAAGAGAGAUCUCAGCUUCUUGAUCUUGAGUCAUCUUAUGCCUGGUCCAUAAAAUUAUUUCACUAGCUGAGGGGGAAAAAAUCCCAUUAAUCCAAGACUAAACCAUACAGCCAGCUUGCCUCUUGUUGAUUCUUCUUGGCAGAAAAUUAGAUACUUCUUGUUUGCCCCCUUGGAGACGGCUGAUGAGGAUGGGCAUCCCAAUACGGGGUCCAAAUUGACACUAGUGCCUUUCCAAGGCCUUACCCAAGGUCUUUUAUUCCCUUUCCCCCUUUUUGGUUUCCUACUUGUAUUCAGUAUUUUGUUCUUACUUUCUGGCUGUUUUUGUGUGUUAUUUGCGCAUUUGAGGGGAGGGACUAAUUUCAUAGUGUUAAGAAUUUUUCAUUAAAGAAUCAAACUUCCAUAUUUGAAUUCAUUAACCUGCCCUGCUAUUCAUGCAACCAGAGAAACUUCUUGGCUACUUCGCUUAAUUGUUUUUGCCAGUAAUUUGUUUGAAUGAGAUUUUGGUAAUUUUCUGUUAGAGAAUAUUACGGCCUUUCUUUUCAAAUACAGCAAUCUGGUCAUACCUGACCUUUUGGAUAUGGUCGUGUUUAAAUUCUUACUAAUGGACCAUUCCUUUAGUUAAGCUGCUAGCUACUGCAUUGUAUUAGUGAGAUGUAACACAGUAUUUUUUGCUAAUAAACUGGUGCUAAAGAUAUUAUUCCUUUAGCUUACAUAAUACUUAGUGGUCUGAAUUCUUCAGCUGAUAUUUACUUACUUCCUCAUUCAUUCUCUUGAUUUAGCUUGUGAAUUCCUUGAAUUUUCUCUGCACUACAUGG